GGAGACGCAGACGACCUGUGUUUGUGAAUCACAACCAAAUCAGAUUAGAGAAGUAACCAAGAUGAGUCGUUUCAGUAAUAUAAACAAGCACAUGGUGACGCUUUUAAUUCUGAUGAUGUGGGUUGGUGAGUUCUCAUCUGUUAUUACUGUUGAUGCUACGAGGCAUGUUCGAAUUAUAAACGAAUUGGGUGAAGGUUAUGUACUGACGAUUCAUUGCAAAUCAAAGGAUGAUGAUUUGGGUGUGCAUGACCUUUCCUAUCAAAAGUAUUUUGAGUGGGGUUUCCAUGAUAACUUGUGGGGAACUACACUCUACUUUUGCCGCAUACAAUGGAGAAAUGCAGAUGUGUAUUUUGAUAUUUAUGAUGAAAAGAGGGAUCGAUUUGGUUGUUGUGAGCACUGGUGGGCUGCAAAAAUGGAUGCGCUUUAUUCUGUGAACCCCAAAACUGGUGCAGCUACUAAAGCUUGGCUUCGCUGGCAUGGCAAUUGAUGUGUAAUUGUAGUUGAGGAGAUCAGAUCAGGUUCAGGUGCGCGAAUAAUCUAUCUGGGACGCUUCCGCUCCUGAUCCUGGCAUUUGAAAUCCAGUAAAUCUCUCUCUAAUAAGCAUUGGAAUUU